CGAGGUGUCGGUAGAGGCUGCGCGGCGGGAGGGAGGAGCCCGUGCUGGAGCGCCCCCCUGCGUUGGGGCUGUGAGGAGCGGGUGGCCGUAGCCUGUCCCGGCCCCUCGCCAUGAACAUAGACGUGGAGUUCCACAUCCGCCACAACUACCCCUGGGCCCGCCUGCCUGCCAGCGUCCGACAGGGUCUUGGAAACUCUCAGAGGGAGUAUGAAAAGCAGGUUGUACUCUAUAGUAUCCGCAAUCAGCUACGAUACCGAAAUAACUUAGUUAAGCAUGUCAAGAAAGAAGAACGAAAAUACUAUGAGGAACUGUUAAAAUACAGUAGAGAUCAUCUCAUGCUCUACCCUUACCAUUUGUCUGACAUCAUGGUAAAAGGCCUGAGGAUAACACCAUUUUCGUAUUACACAGGAAUAAUGGAGGAUAUAAUGAACAGUGAAAAAAGCUACGAUUCAUUGCCUAACUUUACUGCUGCUGACUGUCUACGGCUUCUUGGUAUAGGAAGAAACCAGUACAUUGAUCUAAUGAACCAGUGUAGGUCAUCAAAAAAAUUUUUCAGAAGGAAAACUGCUCGUGAUCUGCUACCAGUAAAGCCGGUGGAGAUUGCCGUAGAGGCCUGGUGGGUGGUGCAGGCUGGCUACAUCACAGAGGAUGACAUAAAGAUUUGUACUACAUCUGAGAAAUCUGUUAUUGAUAAGAUAAUUGAUUCAGGUCCUCAGCUUGCUGGAUCACUAGACUACAAUAUAGUUCACAGUUUAUAUAACAAAGGAUUUAUUUACCUUGAUGUACCAAUAUCUGAUGACAGUUGUAUAGCAGUGCCUCCACUUGAAGGUUUUGUAAUGAACAGACUGCAAGGUGAUUACUUUGAAACUCUUCUCUACAAGAUAUUUGUUUCAAUAGAUGAACACACUAAUGUGGCAGAGCUUGCAAAUGUUCUAGAGAUAGACUUAUCACUGGUGAAGAAUGCUGUGUCCAUGUAUUGUCGAUUGGGUUUUGCCCACAAAAAAGGCCAAGUAAUGAAUCUGGAAAAUCUUCAUUCAUCAUGGAGGAACAUUCCUUCUAUAAAUCGACUGAAGAGUACUUUGGAUCCGCAAAAGAUGCUGCUUUCAUGGGACAGUGGGGAAAACAGGACUCCUGUACAGGAAGCUGGUUCAUCAGCUACAGAUACUGACACCAACAGUCAAGAUGAUCCAGCUGACACAGCCAGCGUGAGCAGCUUGAGUCUGUCUAGUGGACACACAAAGCGUAUUGCCUUCCUGUUUGAUUCAACUCUCACUGCCUUUCUAAUGAUGGGGAAUCUUUCACCAAACUUGAAAAGUCAUGCGGUAACUAUGUUUGAAGUUGGAAAAUUAUCAGAUGAGUCUCUGGACAGUUUUCUUGUGGAACUUGAAAAGGUUCAAAGCACAGGUGAAGGGGAGGCACAAAGAUACUUCGAUCAUGCACUUACUUUGAGAAACACAAUACUGUUUUUGCGGCAUAACAAGGACCUAGUGGCACAAGCUGCACAACCUGAACAUCCAAAUAAUGGUUUUCCUUUGGAUCUCUUACGAUGUGAGAGUUUGCUGGGCUUGGAUCCUGCAACCUGCAGUAGAGUUCUAAACAAAAACUAUAUACUACUUGUCUCCAUGGCGCCACUCACCAAUGAAAUUCGACCCAUCAGCAGCUGUACCCCCCAGCAUAUUGGACCAGCUAUACCAGAAGUUAGUUCAGUUUGGUUCAAAUUGUAUAUUUACCAUAUUACUGGUCAAGGACCACCAUCCCUAUUGCUAUCUAAAGGGACAAGGCUUAGAAAACUUCCAGAUAUUUUUCAGGGUUAUGAUCGCUUACUAAUAACAUCUUGGGGUCACGACCCAGGAGUAGUCCUAACUUCGAACGUAUUGACAAUGUUGAAUGAUGCUUUAACACAUUCUGCCGUUCUAAUUCAGGGACAUGGCAUGCACGGAAUGGGGGAAACUAUGCAUAUUCCUUUCCCAUUUGAGGAAGCAGAACAGCAAGGAGACUUCUCUCGUGUGAAUAUGGGCGUUCAUAAAGCAUUGAGAAUAUUAAGUGAUAAAGUGGAUUUGCAGCAUUUUUGUGGAUAUGUUACCAUGUUGAAUCCUUCCAGUCGACACACAAACAGAAAGCUCAGUGAUGCUUCUGAUGGAAAAGGUGAUCUUGAAUUGGCAUCAGGAUCUGAUGUAAAUGGGAGCACAGAAUCAUUUGAAAUUGUUAUUGAAGACACAUCUGUGGAUUCUGCAGCUAAGCAAAGCCCUGAAGUACCCACAACAGAACUGGAAUGGGUUCCCCUGGAAUUAUGCUUUGGAAUUCCACUCUUUAGCUCUGAAUUAAACCGGAAAGUCUGCAGAAAAAUUGCUACCCAUGGACUAUGUAGAAAAGAAAGCCUUCAAAAACUCUUGCAUUCCAGUAGAAAGCUGUCCCUACAGGUUCUUAACUUUGUUUAUUCAUUCCAGGAAGGUAUUUCAACACUGGAUCUGCUCUCUGACACCAGUUCAAGUUUGUUUUCACAACCUACUUCUGCAGACAUAGGUGUUCCACUUCCUGCCAAGAAUCUAAUGUUCAAAGAAGGCAUGUUAUCCGAAUGGAAUGGACAAUCCCCGUCCCCAGUUCUUAUUGCAAACGUACUUAAAGAACAAAUCAAAUAGUUUGGUUUCACCGUGCACUGCUCACUUAAUGCCUUUUUUCUUUGUCUAUUACGAUUAAUUUAUACUGCAGACCACUAAGAAGUGUUUUGCUGCUGCAGCAUAACCCAUAUUAAAGUAGUGUUUUUAAGUGUGUUGUGUUGCAGUACUGGGGAAACACACUGUAUACAACUUGUUAUUCGUUGGCGCAUUUCCUGCUGCAACAGAAAGCUCUUCCGCUAUCAGCACUAUAUUUGUAUCUUGAGAUAAUCGCUAUUUCUUUUAUAAUUCUAAACACACCCUUUUUAGGCUUUCUGAUUAUUGUUAAAUUUCUAUGCUGUCACCACAAAAUUGCAAUAGUAAUUUUAUAUGUUCGUUGCUCAGACAUAUAAAUCCUGUUUAGUUUUGUAUUUUAUUACUGAAUUCUGUUUAUAGGUAAGAAAUUUGGCUCUGGAAAGGCUCAGUAGUGUUCAAAUAGUAAAAAUUCUUUAUCAAGGUGGUAUUAUGGGGCAUUAAGAAUUGUUGCCGAUGUCUGUAUAUUAUGUAGAUCAGCCUGAUGAUAAUGAAGGUUUGGUUUGGUAAAUCAACAUAACAAUAAUGAAUUGACACUUUCUAUGAGGUCUUAAGUUUUGAAGACAUAAAAUCCUGCUGAUGCCUCUAGGAAAUCUUGGAAAAAGAUUGGGUCAAUUUCAUCCUUGGUGUAACUUCAUGGAGAGCAAUGGAAUUGCACCAGGGAUUAAUUUGGUUCCCUCUGUUCCUAGAAAGCUGUUUACAUAUGUAAUAGUGUAUUUCUCUUGUCCAUUGUUUUAUUGGAGCACUUACAUAAAACUAGGAUCUUUGCGCCUUAAGCAUGUUUGCUUCUCUCAUAUGCAGUGUUGUUGGGGUCGUGUUGGACCCAGGAUAUUAGAGAGACAAGGUGGAUGAGGUAAUA